AUCAAGACACAAGGUCACAAGAUGGCUUCCAGUAAAAUAAAACGUAGUGAGCACCCACUAUGGCGUCAAAAAUCACUUGUUGUAUUUUGACAACUGGUUCACCUCACUCCCACUAAUGACUGUACUGGCUAAGAAACAGAUCUACUGUUUGGGUACAGUGAGAAUAAAUCGCCUUCAAGGCAUAUCCUUUGAAAAUGACAAGGCUUUGGGAAAGAAAGGAAGGGGUACACACCAGGAAAAUAAGGCUUUGGUGGAUGAUGUUGAGGUUCGGGCUAAGAAAUGGAUGGACAAUAAAGGCGUCACUUUGCUGUCAACAUUUGCAUCAGCAGAGCCUGUGUGGGAGUUGAAGAGGUAUGACAAAAAGGCUAAGGCUGUGGUCACGGUCCCAUGUCCUGCAGUUGUGACAGAAUAUAAUAAAUUCAUGGGUGGUGUGGAUUUGAUGGACUCACUCAUAUCACUUUACAGAAUCCACACCAGGUCCAAGAAGUAUUAUCACAAGAUAUUUUUUCAUUUUCUGGAUGUCACAGUUGUGAACUGUUGGUUACUAUACCGCAGAGAUUCUAGCGACCUAGACAUUCCUGAACGAAAAGUAAUGAUGCUUCAGGAAUUCAAAUUGUCACUGGCAGAAUCCCUGCUUCUUGAAGGGAAAAAUCCCAUGGCUAAGAAAAGAGGUCGUCCCUCCUCUAAUGGAGGAACUGCUGCACAGUUUGCAAAGAAAAAGAAAAGCUCCCCUGCCACUAAGCCCAUUCCUGCAGAAGGAGUCAGGACAGAUGGCUAUCACCAUUAUCCAGUGGUGACAACAAGAGGAAGGUGCAAGAAUCCAGACUGUAAAAGUGCCCCUGUGUUAUACUGUCAGAAGUGUAAAGUACACUUGUGUAUCACCAAAGAUAAAAAUUGCUUUGUUGAAUUCCACACAAAGUAAAUGAACAAGCAAAAAUGACAUUUAGUUCAUGGAUAUAUUUUACUAAAUGAAUAAAAACAUUCAAUAUUGUUUUCACA